ACGUGAUGGCCAUGACCAAUCAUCAAAACCUGAUUGCUGAUUCUGCAACAAAUGACACCCACGAAAAUCCUCAUAAACCUCCUCAAUAACCCUACCAGAAUAACAUCCAAAUCCCAGGCCAAACAACUCCAUGCCCAAAUCUUCAAAACCAUAGACCCCAACUCUCCCUCUCACGUCUCCAAACUUCUCUCUAUCUAUACCAACCUUAACCUCUUACAUGGCUCUCUUGAUCUCUUUAACACUCUCCAUUCACCACCCCCACCACUUGCCUGGAAAUCUAUCAUUAGAUGCUACACUGAUAAUGGCCUUUUUGUUCGGUCCUUGCUAUAUUUUGUUAAAAUGAUGGACUCUGGCGUGUACCCAGAUCAUAAUGUGUUCCCCUCUGUGUUAAAGUCAUGCACUUUAUUGGUGGACUUUAGGUUUGGUGAAUCUGUCCACGCCUGCAUUAUUAGGCUUGGUGUAGAUAUUGAUUUGUACACUAAUAAUGCUCUCAUGAAUAUGUACGCAAAAUUUCAAAGUUUGGGUUUAGGAGUCAGUAGCGGAGGCAAAUUUUACGAGCAUAAAGUGCUUGAUAAAAUGCCUCAACGAAAUGGGAAUCGUGAAUUAAGUCGUGGUUUAGUUAGCUGUACUGAGUUUAACUAUAGGACUGUGGAUUUGAGGCACAAAUUUGAGAAACAGGUUGUGGAUAUUGGUCCCAAUGUUAGUUUAGAUGGAAUAGGUGAUGACUUAUCUUCUAAUUAUGGAAGUGGGCAAGUUGAUGAUCACUCUUGUGGAAGAAUGUAUAAUGGAAUAAAGCCUUUGCAAAUGGAUAGCGUGAGGAAGGUAUUUGAAACAAUGCCAAUCAGGGAUCUUGUUUCAUGGAAUACAAUGAUUGUGGGACUUGCUCGAAAUGGGUUAUAUGAAGAAUCUUUGAAGAUGGUUAGGGAAAUGGGGAAUUCUAACUUAAAGCCUGAUUCAUUCACUUUGUCGAGUGUCCUUCCAGUAUUUGCAGAGUAUGUUGACGUUGUUAAGGGAAAGGAGAUUCAUGGUUAUUCUAUUAGGCAUGGAUUAGAUAUGGAUGUGUACAUUGGAAGUAGCUUGAUUGACAUGUAUGCAAAGUGUACACGAGUGUAGGAUUCACGUCGAGUAUUUUAUCUCUUACCUCAGAGAGAUGGGAUUUCAUGGAACUCAAUUAUCGCAGGAUGUGUGCAGAAUGGUUUUUUUGAUGAAGGAAUCAAACUCUUUCGACAGAUGUUAAUGGCUAAAAUAAAACCAAAGCAUAUUUCCUUUUCUAGUAUCAUUCCAGCUUGUGCCCAUUUGACAACACUUCAUUUGGGGAAGCAACUCCAUGGAUACAUAAUGAGGAAUGGAUUUGAUGAUAAUGUGUUUAUAGCCAGCUCACUUGUGGAUAUGUAUGCCAAAUGUGGGAAUAUUAGUUUAGCAAGAUUUAUAUUUGAUAGAAUGGAGCUCCAUGACAUGGUAUCAUGGACAUCCAUUAUAAUGGGAUAUGCUUUGCAUGGGCAUGCCCAUGAUGCCAUUUCCUUGUUUGGACAGAUGGAAAAGGAGGGAGUGAAGCCAAACUCUGUGGCAUUUGUGGCUGUAUUAACCGCUUGUAGUCAUGCUGGUUUAAUAGACACAGCUUGGAGUUAUUUCAACAUUAUGACCCAGAAUUAUGGUAUUGCUCCAGAUUUGGAACACUAUGCUGCAAUGGCAGAUCUUCUUGGUCGUGCAGGCAAGUUGGAAGAAGCAUAUGAAUUCAUAUCUAGCAUGCGUGUAGGACCUACUGGGAGUGUUUGGUCAACGUUAUUGUCUGCUUGUAGAGUCCACAAGAAUGUUGAGUUAGCUGAGAAGAUUGCUAAUAAAAUAUUUAUGAUUGAUCCCAACAACAUGGGAGCUUAUGUUCUCUUGGCAAACAUCUAUUCUGCUGCUCAAAGAUAUAAAAGUGCAGCUAGGAUGAGAAUCUCUAUAAGAAAAAAGGGCAUGAAAAAGACGCCAGCUUGCAGCUGGAUUGAAGUAAAAAACAAGGUACAUGCUUUUGCCGCAGGCGAUGAAUCCCAUCCAUUGUAUGACAAAAUAAAUGAGACUCUUAAAGAUCUUUUGGACCGGAUGGAACGAGAAGGGUAUGUUCCUGACACCAAAGAGGUGCUUCAUGAUGUUGAAGAGGAGCAAAAGAAAUACUUGCUAUCUUAUCAUAGUGAGAGACUUGCCAUAGCUUUUGGCAUCAUUAGCACUCCUGCUGGGACAACGAUUCGAGUAAUAAAGAACCUUCGAGUCUGUGGGGACUGCCACACUGCAACAAAGUUCAUAUCAAAGAUUGUUCAAAGAGAGAUAAUUGUGAGGGACAAUAACAGAUUUCAUCAUUUUAAAGAUGGGAAGUGUUCAUGUGGAGAUUACUGGUAACAGGUCAAAUCCAGAUUUUAUUAUUCUUAAUAGUUCUUUUGCUAUAAUCUAUACAUCAAUCUGUUCUGAGCAUCCUAUUUUAGAGAAGGUUUCAGUGACAACACAUUCAAAGAAUUUCUAGUUGAACUCUCGGUAAGGAAACUGCAAAUGGAGAUUAUCUAUAUCCACAACUGUAUAUAUUUUUCAAGGGCAUUUAUUAAUGUUAAACUAACACAUUGGAGGGAAACAACAAAAAAAUUGCAUUAU